AUGGCUUUGUUCAUCGCGUAUCGAGUUGCAACGUUUCUAAGCACCACUCCACACCAAUUCCUGGACGAUUCCAUGCAGGACAAUCUCGCCUCGAACGAGGAUGUCCCAAUGGGUGACUCGGUCCCCGAUACUCUCCUGAACACAGUCAUCUUUGACGACAUGGACGAGCACAACAUCCAGCACUCACUCCUUGAGACAGACUUUCAGUCUGGAUCACUCGCGUAUGAUCCUUUCUUCACGUCUGACCCCUCUGCUCAAGUCAACUCGUUCGUCGACUCGGCUGGUCAUGAGCUCAUGUACCACUCACCUGAUGGCGUCUUCGGCCAGACUCCUGGAUACCUCAACUACGACUACGCUGCCCAAACUCCUGGUCCCUGUACAAACUUCACCGGACCUAGCCCUUUUGCGCAAACUACAACCUCAUGGCCUCUUCUUAGCUCCCCUAUGCCCCAGCCCCAGCAGACCUCUCUGAACUACCCAACGCCUGCCUCGAUCCCACCUGCAGCAACGCCUGAAGUCCAAAUUCCCAAGACCCCUACCAAGUCCGGCAAGAAAGCUCGCAAGGCCAAACGCGGCACCCAAAACAAACAGACGAAAGAAUUCGUUUGCCCCGUCUGCGGUCGCAUUUCCGCCUGUGCUUCGAACCUUGAAGAGCACAUGCUUACACACACCGGGGUGAGAGAUUACUUGUGCACCUACGUCAGCGAGAAAGGCGAGACCUGCCACAAGCGCUUUGCUCGUCCUUGGGGUUUGACACGUCAUUGCCACGACGUCCACAAGGUUGAAGUGAAGGUCACGAAAAGGCGCGGCGUGAAGUACAUUGGUCAGUCUCCAGGCAAUGGAACCCCGAACAACCCUAAGAAGAACAACAAGAAGACCCAUAUUCUCGACGACCCUCCUUCACCUUCGACAGCCGCUGAAGAUGCUAUUCCUCUCGCCCAACACACCCCUCUUCCAGACGUUGACCGCAUCCGCAUCACCACUUCCGGUCCAGAGGGACCUUGCCUUUGUGCCUCUUGCAAUUUGACUUUCCCUAAAGGUAACGAGUUGAUGGAACACAAUCACUUUGUGCAUGGCUUCCCAGUGAGCCCUUACUGCGGUUGUGAUCUCUGCCACGAAUGGUUCACUCGCGAGACCUCAAUCGACGAUGGCUCAACUUUCUUCAACAUCUAUGGAAGCAACGAUGACAACAUGGAAGUUGAAGCUCCUGACAAUGACUUCAAGCUCGACCCGAUGCUCCGCAAUCUCGGCAAUGACAACUCCGGCUUUGACAUUGGCAUGAUGGACGCCUGUAUGUUUCCAAUCGCUAACACUUCGACCACUUCGAUCAAUGCUGACUUUGACACUCCCAGUCCCUCACCCUCCCCCAUCGCUUCCAUAGACGAAGAGUCUCCCAUCCUCACUUUACCUCCAGCCAAUCCCUAUGCUGACGAGCGCUCUGCCGCCUGGGCUAGAAUCGCCGAGAACGACAUUGUAACAUACGAUUCAGAGGGUUUCGCCUGGCACAGCUGUCCUCCUGUUUCUCCCACGACUUUCUAUGCAUUGAUGGGCCUCGACUACAACAACAUGACCGAUGAGCAGCGCCGUGCUUAUCUCGGUGGAGCUUGA